GCCGGAAGCCACAUGUCAGCCUCGUUUGUAAAAAUCUCAUGCAACACUUUCAUCACGGUGUAAUAUACCUGUUAUAAAAGUACAUUAACAUCGGAUCUGUAAGAACUGAAGUUAACGACGUUGCGACAAUGUCGACCGAGGAAGCGGUACCCCAAACGAAAACCGACAAUGGCGCUGCAGGGGAAGGUGCUCCAAGGCAGAAGAGUGAAAAGGAAUUAUUGAAAGAAGCAAAGAAGCAAGAGAAACUAGCCAAACUGAAGGCUAAACAGGAAAAGCAGGCAGCUUUAGAUGCAAAGAAGCAGGACGGAGAAGGGAAGAAAGAUAAGAAAAAGAAAGAGAGAUCAGUCAUCUCUUAUGAUGUCAAAACAGAAAAAGGAAGCAAGAAAGACACAAAAUGUCCCAUGCCAGAUUCCUACAGCCCUGAGUAUGUAGAAGCUGCCUGGUACGACUGGUGGCAGCAGAGUGGCUUCUUCAAACCAGAGUACGGGGGUCGAGACAUCAACACAACUCCAUAUGAGGACAAGUUCAUUAUUGUCAUCCCGCCCCCCAAUGUAACAGGGAAACUCCAUCUUGGACAUGCGCUCACCAACGCUGUGGAGGACUGCCUCACAAGAUGGCAUCGGAUGAAUGGUAAGAUGUGUCUGUGGAACCCCGGCUGUGAUCAUGCUGGUAUCGCCACGCAGGUGGUGGUGGAGAAGAAGCUGAUGAGGGAGAGGCAGCUCACACGGCAUGACCUGGGCAGAGAAAACUUUGUCGAUGAAGUGUGGAAGUGGAAGAAUGAGAAAGGGGACCAGAUCUACAACCAGUUGAGGAGAAUUGGCGGCUCCUAUGAUUGGGACCGAGCUUGUUUCACCAUGGAGCCAAAACUGUACAAAGCUGUGCAAGAGGCCUUCGUCCGUCUCCAUGACAAGAAACUCAUCUACCGCAGCGUCCGACUUGUCAACUGGUCUUGUACACUUAACUCCGCCAUCUCAGACAUUGAGGUGGACAAGAAGGAGAUCUCAGGGCGCACCAUGCUGGCCGUCCCGGGCUACAAGGACAAAGUAGAGUUUGGUGUCCUCAUCUCUUUUGCUUACAAGGUCGAGGGAUCAGAUGAGGAGAUUGUGGUUGCUACCACUCGUAUUGAGACGAUGCUGGGCGACACUGCAGUGGCCGUCCAUCCUGAGGACCCCCGCUACAAACAUCUGCAUGGGAAGAGUGUCAUUCACCCCUUCACAGACCGGCGCCUACCCAUCGUGUGUGACGACUUUGUUGAGAGAGAGUUCGGAACAGGUGCUGUGAAGAUCACGCCUGCCCAUGACCAUAAUGACUACGAGGUUGGGGUGCGUCACAAGCUGGAACGGUUGAACAUCAUUGAUGAGAAGGGAAAUAUCACUGGAGACUGUGGACAGUUCACUGGCAUGAAGAGGUUUGAUGCCAGGAUAGCUGUUCUUCAGGCCCUCAAAGACAAGGGCUUGUACCGGGACACCAAAGACAACCCUAUGGUGGUCCCUACCUGCAGUCGGUCCAAGGAUGUUAUUGAGCCCCUGCUGAAGCCACAGUGGUAUAUUGAUGUGAAGGACAUGAAUGCUGCAGCAAUCAAGGCUGUGAAGGACGGAGAGUUGAAGAUUAUCCCCGAAAUGCACAUCAAGACGUGGAACAACUGGCUGGGGAAUGUCCAGGACUGGUGUAUAUCACGGCAGCUGUGGUGGGGACAUCGCAUCCCCGCCUACUUCGUCACUGUUGAUGACCCAAGCGUCAAGCCAGGCCAGGACAGUGAUGGGGAUUACUGGGUGUGUGGACGCACGGAGGAGGAAGCCCGACAGGCAGCCGCAAAGAAGUUCAACGUCCCACUUGAAAAAAUUUCCCUCAAACAAGAUGAGGAUGUGCUAGACACGUGGUUCUCAUCAGCUAUCUUCCCCUUUUCCAUAUUUGGCUGGCCGGACCAGACUGUUGACCUGGAGGCCUUCUACCCUGGCACACUCCUGGAGACUGGACACGACAUCUUGUUCUUCUGGGUGGCGAGGAUGGUGAUGUUUGGACAGACCCUUAUGGGGAAACUGCCUUUCAAGGAGGUUUACCUGCACGCCAUGGUAAGAGAUGCCCACGGCAGGAAGAUGAGCAAGUCUCUGGGCAAUGUUGUCGACCCCAUUGAUGUGAUCCGAGGAAUCAGUCUGGAGGGUCUUCAUGAGCGUCUGCUGGAUGGAAAUUUGGAUGAAAAAGAAGUCAAGAAAGCCAUUGAAGGACAGAAAGCCGACUACCCCAAUGGUAUCCCUGAGUGUGGCACUGACGCCCUGCGGUUUGCUCUCAUUGCCUACACAUCUCAAGGUCGUGACAUCAAUUUGGAUGUGCUUCGUGUCCAGGGCUACAGGUUCUUCUGCAACAAACUCUGGAACGCCACCAAGUUCGCCCUGAAUGGGUUGGGAGAAAACUACAAGCCCACAGUACAGCAUCAGUUGAGUGGCAAGGAGAGGGAAAUGGACUUGUGGAUACUGAGUCGGCUGUCCCUCGCUGUGGAGUCGUGCACGAGUGGCUUCCAGGCAUACGACUUCCCUGCCGCCACCACAGCCUGCUACAACUUCUGGUUGUACGAAUUGUGUGACUGGUACCUGGAGUACAUGAAGCCGAUCCUGUACGGUUCCGAUGAGGAUGCCAAGGCUGUGUGCCGCCAUGUUCUGUACACGUGUCUGGACGUAGGGCUGCGACUUCUUCACCCGUUCAUGCCUUUCUUGACAGAAGAGUUGUUCCAGCGGUUACCUAGGCGACAAGAGAACUCCCCGCCAAGUAUUAGUGUCACAGCCUAUCCACUACCAGCUGAUAUGCAGCAUCGAGACAUGGACCGGGAAUCUCGUGUUGAGUUUGCCCAGAGUAUAGUGAAAAGCAUCCGCUCCAUGCGGGCCGACUACAACCUCACCCCCAAGACAACAGCUGAUGUGUAUGUGAAGUGUACAGAUGACGACACAGCCAGCAAGGUGAAGUUGUUCACAGACAUCAUCCAGACACUGACCAACUCCAGUGCCGUCCACGUCCUGGUGUCCGACUCCGCGCCUGAGGGAUGCGCCAUGCUGACUGUGUCGGCCAAGUGUGAGGUGCACCUCAUGCUCAAGGGUUUGAUUGAUGUGGAGAAGGAGACGAAGAAGCUGGAAGGGAAGAAGGAGACACUGGGCAAGUCGCUGAAGAAGCUGGAAGACGCCACAGCCAAACCUGACUACAGUGACAAGGUGCCGCAGGACGUCAGGAACCAGAAUACAGAAAAGGUGUCGCAGUUGAAACAAGAAAUAGAAAAGUUAUCACAAGCCUUAUCCACGCUACUAACAUUCCAGUGAUUCCUGCUCUGUGUAAUUUAUUCACUCUGAACACUUUCAAGACACAUUUUGGAGUGGAGAUUCAUGUGAUAAAAGAUGUGCUGUGAUGUUCUCACACACAACAGAUUGAUCUGGCAACAGCUGAAAGUGCCCCGGGACUGUAUAGUCUUCGAACACUAAACUAUGUGGUCUGGACACCCUGACCUCUCCUGUGCUGAAGUUCCUGGGUUUCAAGAUUCAUCUUUCAGAUGCUCAACAAAUUCCAUGGGAAUGGUCAUGUAGCACCAGGGUCUGGUUGAUGUGCAGGUUCUCCAUGGAAAUAUUUGUCCAUGUUUAAAAAAGUCUGAACCAUGUAUUUUCCGCACUAAUAAUUAUUUUUGUUUUUUGAUUAUUUUUGUGUUGGUUUAAUGAAACAAGCAUUUGUUUUUGAAGUUUCAAUGUGUUUUGGAAAUCGAAAAAAAGUGUGCAAAAAAUUGUACAUAGAAAUGAAAUUAUUAGAGAUUUGCAGACAUGCUAUCCGAAUAUUAGAUGGCUAUAUGAAUAGAUAGAGUAUGAUCCAUGUGCAAGGUAUAAUGACUAGGCUCACUAGGCCGUGGAUAGUUUGGCAGGUCUGUAUGUAGUAUGUACAUGUGACGUCUGCCAGAAGUUAGUCUUAUUUUGUUAGUGGACAGACUGGCAAUGACAAAAUGUGCACAUUUUUCAUCAACAAUGUUAACCAUUCAGCGGUCAGAAUGCUUCUAGAAAUUUUCUCAGAGCCUAUUUCCAGGAUCCUUCAAGACCGUUGCCCAGUCUCUCAUUCCACUCAGCCAACAGAGGGGGUGAGAGUGAAGGCCUAUGCAUUAGCUCCUUAGAUAAUCAUGGAUCGGGUCCACAAGAAACAUUUCAUUUCUCAACACCAAAAGCACCUUAUUCACCCAUUUUUUUCAUUUUUAUUUAUUUUUGUUUAUUUUCCACAAGUUUUCAGUAACCACCUAUGUUUUUUCUGAACGUAUUUGGAUUUGUAAAACAAUUUGGAGUAGGAUGUUGUCAGUGUCUUAUCCCUAUCCAUGUCUAUCAGCAUUGUAAGGCAAGGCCACUAAACAGUAAGUGGAGCCAAUAGCUUCUCGCAGACCAGAAACAUCACUGAACUAGGGACAUCCCUUAGGAACUAUGGACAUCCCUUAGGAACUGGGGACAUCCCUUAGGAACUGGGGACAUCCCUUAAGAACUAUGGACAUCCUUAAAGACAGGGCUUCUCUGCGCCAAGUAAAAGUUUCAUGAAAGAACUGGUCCAGCAUGAUUUGUGAUAGGUUGACAAUUGCCAAAAUAUAUUUUCAAAAUUUCAAAGAUUUUCGCUAAAUGUUCUUUAUUCAAGAGUCUUGACAUGCUAGAAGCAAGAACUAAAGCUUGUAGGAUCUUCACCACUCCCCUGUGUGUACUGCAGGGAUGUCAACACCGGCUACUGUCAUUAUCAUGGUCACAUCAUUUACUCUUCGAAGUGCAGGAAUUGAUUGCUAUUUAUUUCCUUUUCAAAUUUUUAAUUAAUAUAAGAUAAUCACUAAAAGAUAAAUAGGUGUUUGUUUGUAUCUUUAAACAUCAGUCUUUGAAGUAUCAAUAUGAUAAGGUGUGGUUCAUUGGAGGACUAUGAAGCUGUUAUCUGAAAUCCAUACCUGGUGACGUGGCUGUCACAUUGGUAAAGGCAGACCAAUACCAUACCCAUGUUUAACUGCCUCACUCACGAUACUUCAUCUAUGUGACAGCAUUCUGUAAUUAAUGAAGUCUGGACCAGACAAACCAGUGAUUAAUAUCAUGAACAAUGUCCCAAGUCGUCAGUCGUCAUUAAACAAAGUCAAUGAACCUGACCCUAUCAAUUUUGUCUCCUCUCACAAGUAAUGGUUGCUUGGGACAUAUUCCAAACCAGAAUGCCCACUGGACAGUUGCUAUACAAACCUUUCAGAUUAAAACUUGACAUGCUUCAAUGCAUCAUCAUCCUCUUGGCAUCCUUUGUGCUCAACUCAAAGAUUCUAUGUUUUGCUGUUCAACUGAAGGUCCAAACAGCAAGAAAAUCAUGUUUUUGAUUGUUAAAAAUGUUUCAGCUUCAUUUAGAUAACAGAACUAAAUAUCCAAUCUGUCUGUGUUUAUGCUCAGGUUACGAUUAUCAACACAAGUAUGCUUGAAACUGUAAUAAAUGAACAGAUAAAUA